AUGUCAGGUGAGAAAGCCAUAUUUGAGAAUCUAGAAGAUACUCAAGUUGGUUCAGUCACAUUUGGUGACGGGAGCAAAGCAAGAGUUCUUGGAAAAGAAACAAUGGUAGCUUCUGGAUUAGCAAAACUAGAUGAUGCUCUGUAUGUAGAAAACCUUCAGGCGCAUCUGGGAAUUGGCAUCAUAGGUGGUGGUGGCAUUUGGGGCCCAAAAACGACGGAAGAGGUGCCCCCGUUGGUUGUUGGGUCUGACCAACCACUUGUUGAGCUUGACCCGCCACUUGUUGGGCUUGAUUGUUCACACCAACCAUACGUGCCGUCAAACUGGCAACUUCAGCUUCUUUUUCUUCCAAUCGCCUCUGCAGUUGUGCCAACUCUUCCUCUCUCGUCACCCUCUUCUGCUUCUGUUGCUGCGCCACUCCCUGAUUCAUCACCUGCUGUUACUGCGACUGAGGUUGCUCCCUCUGGCUCUAAUGGUCCUCCAUUGGCCUUGGAUCCUGGUUCUAGCUCUCUGCUGCUAUUACUGCCUAUGCUUAGAUCCAUAUGUACAAAUACAUCUCAAGAAAGGAUUGCUACUACACUGAGUCCACUGUCGGAGGAGGAGAUCUCAUCCACCGUCUUGGGCAAGCUCAAGUUGGAGCAUAUAGUUCAGGAAGGGUACUUUGUCGCUCUGAAAAGUUAUGCUUUAAAGACCAAAGACAAUGUUGAGAUUGUGAAGCAAAAGGGUGCUGCAAAAAACUAUGUGGACUUCGAAUGGGAAUCUCUGCUUCAACUAGGAAUCAAUCUCAACAACCCUAAAAGGGAUCUCAUCUUUGAUGAGGAUCAUGUAUGGGUAAACACCAAACCAAAAGUCAUUACUGACAUCGAGGGCUAUGAAGCAGUUAUUUACAAUUUUGAUAUCCAAAGAUUACGAGAUCAAAUGAAGGAAAAAGAAGAGGUAAUAGGAAGUUUGCUUCUGGAGAAGUAUGAUCUUCUCAACAAAGAACAUGCAACUCCCCUUCCUGGGAGGUUAUUACCGUUAGCGUACAGCACCCCUCGUAAGCAACUUGGCUACCCCGUAGGCCUCCGACGCGCACAACAACCAAACCACUUUACUUCUUCAAUCCAUUCAUUUGGAUACGCU